GCGGCCCCUCCGCGUCUCUCCUCGGAGCUCCCCGGACCAGCCAGCAGCCAUGUCGGUGGCGGGCUUGAAGAAGCAGUUCCACAAGGCCACGCAGAAAGUAAGUGAGAAGGUUGGUGGAGCAGAAGGAACCAAGCUAGAUGAGGACUUCAAAGAAAUGGAAAGGAAAGUUGAUGUCACCAGUAGGGCUGUGAUGGAAAUAAUGGCCAAGACAAUAGAAUACCUUCAACCAAAUCCAGCUUCCAGAGCUAAACUCAGCAUGCUCAACACCAUGUCCAAAAUCAGAGGCCAGGAGAAAGGACCCGGCUAUCCUCAAGCUGAGGCUCUACUAGCAGAUGCAAUGCUGAAGUUUGGCAAAGAACUUGGAGAUGAGUGCAACUUCGGACCAGCUCUUGGAGAUGUUGGGGAAGCUAUGAGAGAACUUUCUGAAGUGAAAGAUUCAUUGGACAUUGAUGUGAAACAAAAUUUUAUUGAUCCCCUUCAAAAUCUUCAUGACAAAGACUUGCGGGAAAUUCAGCACCACCUUAAAAAACUGGAGGGCAGACGCCUGGACUUUGAUUACAAGAAGAAAAGGCAAGGCAAGAUCCCUGACGAAGAGCUCCGUCAAGCUCUGGAGAAGUUUGAUGAGUCAAAGGAAAUCGCUGAGUCAAGCAUGUUCAACCUGCUAGAGAUGGAUAUUGAACAAGUGAGCCAACUUUCUGCACUUGUACAAGCCCAGCUGGAGUACCACAAGCAAGCCACCCAGAUCCUACAACGAGUUUGUUUCAAGCUGGAAGAAAGCAGAAUAAAAGAGGCAGCAGUACAGCCCAGAAGAGAAUACCAGCCGAAACCACGCAUGAGUUUGGACUUUGGAAGCAAUGAAAAUUCUCAGCACAAUGGAGGGAUAUCUCAUGCCACCACCCCUAAGCCAUCAGGUGUUCCUAUGGACCAGCCAUGCUGUCGAGCUCUCUAUGACUUUGAUCCAGAAAAUGAAGGGGAGCUGGGCUUUAAAGAGGGUGAUCUCAUUACCCUUACUAACCAGAUUGAUGAAAACUGGUAUGAAGGUAUGCUUCAUGGCCAGUCGGGCUUUUUCCCCAUCAAUUAUGUGGAAAUUCUUGUUCCUUUGCCUCAUUAGGAUGGCUGAGUCACCCUGUCUUGAGUUCCCAACCCCCAAAAAAGUCAUCUGUUGAUACCACUGCUUAUAAAAUUAAAUAAAUGAAUACGUAAAAUGGCUGCUUACUCCACAUCACAAGUCCAAGCUGCAGUGGUUUUAAAAAAAGUCGCCAGGCCCCAGAGACAGUCUUUGGUUUUCGUGUUGUUGUGCCGCAUAGUGGUGAUACGUGGUAUCUUCUCAAAGCAACACAGCUGGGCACACGUGAUUUUCACAUGACACUCGUGGUUGCCAUGGAGAUGUCGUUUUCACAGUGAUGGGGAUCAAAGUUGGUGGCAAGAGAUGCGACUCAGUAAUACUGUUGCAGAGGGCCAAGUGGUUGGAUUAUCAGAGAAGAUAAAGCCUAUCACCACUCUACUGUAAUUUUAGUUCUCUGUGCAAGAGGGAGAAAUGUCCUUGGUCAUUCCAUCUUUCCCAUCCCAAGGGACAUGGUUUUUGCAGACCUAAUGUUGCUAACCAGCUUUUCGUGUCUUCUCAUCUCAAAAAUGACUUUGAGUCCUGCCCUUGGAGAAACAGCAUAGUGUGUUACUCUGGUUUCUCAAAAAAUGAGCUGCUGCCAUCUCGUACAUGGUUGGCGUGGAGCCAGCUUUUAUAUACUAUGGUAUUUAAUAAAGAGCCUGUUCAGUAUCCAGGUUAAAUUGUUAAAAGUAUCCAAAGGAUAGACCAGUGAAACAAAGUGUAUGACUGCAAGUCAAAUAUGGCUGUUCAGAAAUUCUGAACAUAAUAACCAUAAUGCCACCAGCAAAUACAUGUUGCUAGAGGGAAAAUAAAUGUAACCGUUGUUCACUUCAUAAAAUGUCUGGGCACAAAUACCGCUUACAAUUGUAAACACCAAGAGUCCUUAUUCUACAUAGUCCCUAAAAAAAUUAAUGAAAAGCAACUCUCACCGUGUAUUUUUAUUUUCAUCUACCUUGUGUUCUUUGAACAUCAUUUAUGUAUAUUCUGCCCUCAAUGAGGACUAAAUAAAAACAAUCUUUGUGCUAAGCAAUUAAAGCAACAUGUGGCUAUAUAUGCAAAAAUGUUUGGGGUUUAAUUUCUCUAAAUGUUCCUGUUUGGUUCCCCCCCCCCCAGUCCUAUUCUCUGCAUUUUUGUGUGGAUAGUGUUGUGUCUAGCCAAUUCUCUGUUCCUUUUGGUAACUGUUGUAAGACCUUGUUUAAUUUGGAUUAUCCAGAGUUCUAUUUAUCUAUAGAUACCUGUACAGACUCUUCCUGCACUGCUCCGGAUGUGCCACUUCAGUAUUGGAUCAUGUGAAAUGAAGCAAUCCUCCAGCUUUUAAUGUACAAACUAUAUCAUGGAAAGCAUUGAUAUUUAAAAUAAAAAAGUGCUGACUGA